GGGAUGAGCGAGCGCUGAAAAGCCCGAUAAAUUUUGGUGUUCUUCUUUAAAAAUGGCCACGCAGAAGCCGGGAGAAUGGGUCCAAGCGCUCAUCGUGCGAUUCGACGCCCAGCUGCCAAUCAAGACUGGUUGUCAUACCACUCAGUCUAUACAGAAUGUAGAGCAGAACAAAGAGUGUCUGGUGAAUGUCAGCAAACACAAGUUCUCAUUGGUCAUCAAUGGCCUGGCCAAAACACUCCAGUCUGUCGACAGUAUGCGUAUCAUAGGACCUGAGGCAGAGAGGAACUAUUAUGAGUCGCAGCUCAUCAUUCUGGACACGCUGGAACAGGUCCUUAACUCCCAACCAGAGGAUACUUCAAGGUUUGAUGAGACAAUGUAUGUCAGACUGCUUCUGCCGGAGAUGUGCAAGUUCCUGAAUAACCAGAUUGAUACUCCCCUCAACCCCCGCCUUAAAGCUCUCGCCUCCAACGUCCUCUUCGCUCUCAGCCUCAACAACUUCACAGCCGUCUUCAACAGAAUCUCAGCAAGUUUGUGUAAGCCACGGCUGGCCACCUUGUCUGCUCCAUGUGAGGACCCCCCUGAUAUGUCAGAUCUCGACCUUAUACAACACAUCAAUGUCGACUGCUCACGCCUCACCAAACUCCUCACAGAAUGUGUCCAGAAGUUGAAGUCCCUCAAACCCAAACAGGUGUUAUUUUGUCUGGCAUUUAACUUAGAAAGGGCCAUAUGGAACUGGAUGGAUAAUUACCCCCAAGAGUUUACUGAACUACAGAAACAACCUAAUGAAGAGUUACAAGAUUGUUGUGACAAGCUGUUUGAGAUUUAUAUCACGUUUGCGGAGACGUCCAGAAAAAAAGCGGUAGUGUGGCCAUUCCAGAUGAUGUUACUGGUUCUCUGUCCAAAAAUCCUUGAAGAGAUCAACAAUGCUGAUAAUGGGGCCCCUUGUUCAGCUCAACAUCAGAAAAAGAAACAGUUUAUUGAUGAUUUGAGGCGUGCGAUCUCGGGUCAUCACGGCGUAUCGCGUCAGCUGACAGAGGGUGCUGCGGUCACGUGCGUGCGUCUGUGUAAGGCUUCCACCUACAUCAAUCAGAAAGACCGUUUGAAUGUUCUCUUCUCCUUGGUGCAAACCGUCAUUCAGGAUUUAAAGAUUUUACUCUUCAACCCCAGCCCCAGCAAGCCUUUCUCACGGAACCAGAGCAUUGUGGGUCAGGACCUGGAUCUAGUCAUUGACUGCUUUGUGUCGUUUUUCCGCAUCAACCCUUACAGCAACGACGUCUUGAAAGUUUGCCUCAACCCUAACUCCCCGUCGGUCUAUCAUUAUGUUUUAGUCAACGCGCUCUAUAGGAUCAUCAUGCAGCCUCGCCUCUCCUGGUGGCCUCAGAUCACAGUGAUUUAUGGAAAGGCUGCCGAGCUGCGCUCUAUGUUCACCGAUACCCUCAACAAGUUCACACAGGGCUGUCUGGGUCAGCAACACCUGAUGAAAAUUCCACAGAGUAUCACCCGAGUGACGGGACUUAAGCUGAUCAAAGCCACGGAGGACUCUGUCAGCUACAAGGAGCUGUUAUUGUGGAUCGUCAGGCUCAUACAUGCUGACCCUUACCUCAUGUUACAUAAUCCUGGUAAGCUUGGUCACGAGAUCCAGAGCAGUACAUUAGAGCUGAUCAAUGGCUUGGUGUCCCUGGUUCACCAACAAAGCAUGCCGGAGAUUGCCCAGGAGGCCAUGGAGUCCCUGCUGUGUCUUCACCAGCCAGAUAACAUAGAGCUGUGGAACCCCGAAGCUCCCAUCAGUACAUUCUGGGAUGUCAGCUCCCAUGUUCUUUUCUCCAUCUCCCAAAAGCUGAUCCAACAUCACAUGUUGAACUACACUGAGAUUUUAAAAUGGCUAAGAGAGAUCUUGGUGUGGCGUAAUACAUUCCUGCAGAAGCACAAGGAGUACGCCAACUUUGGCAGUAACAUCCGUAUGUGUCGACAAGCUCAUAUCAAGCUAGAGGUGGUGUUUUUUAUGUACCUAUGGAGUAUUGACAUCGACGCCGUCCUCACGGCCAUGUCGUGCUUCACGCUGCUCUGUGAGGAGGCGGAGAUUCGCUGUGGGGCAGACGAGGUCGCCGUGACACAAAUACUGCCCAACUACGGGGUGUACUGGGAACUGGCAGCCGCGAGCACUGUGCUCACUACAGGAAGAGCAGCACUGCAGAAAAGAAUUAUGGGUCUUUUACGUAAGAUUGAACAUUCCACACCUGGUAACAUGCAGGCUUGGGAAGACACCUGCAGAAACUGGGAAACUACCACCAAGAUCUUAGAGAAUCAUCCAAAAGUUAAACUGGAGGAGGGAGCUGCAGUCGUCAUGGAAACCAUCAGGGCGAGAAGGAAACCUUCCCAUCAUGCAACUACAGAUCAUGAAUUAGAGGAUCAGUCCAAUGAGUGGGCGAACAUGACGGGGUUCUUGUGUGCACUGGGGUCAGUCUGUCUGCAGAACAAGGCUCAUAAAACAAGUUUACCGUCGCUGGCAUCCUGCUCGUUUGACAGAAAGGGGAGCCUGAUACAGAGCAGCACCCUGGAGUCAACGUACUGCCCUGUCACGCAAUUUCUGGGUGACCUGUUAAAACUUCUGGUGUGUCAAAACGAGAAGUUUGGGGCUCAGAUACAGAAGCAUGUCAAGGAGUUGGUCGGCCACGAGCUCAACCCGGCUGUCUACCCCAUACUCUUUGACCAGAUCAAAGUCUGUGUGGACAAAUUCUUUGAUACGGGAGGCCAGGUGACCGUAACAGAAUUAAAUACUCAGUUUAUUGAGAACAUCAUAUUUAUCCUGAAAAAUAUCCUAGAAAAUAAGACGGAACAGCCAUGCGAACACCUGGGAGUCAGCAGUAUCGAGGGACUCAUGUUAAACAUUGUCAGAUAUGUGCGACACCUGGACUCCACAGCCCAUGCUAUCACCAUCAAAACCAAGCUCUGUCAGCUCGUGGAGGCUAUGAUGCAGAGGAGAGAUGACCUGACAUUCAGACAGGAGAUGAAGUUCAGGAACAAGCUCGUAGAGUACCUGACGGACUGGAUCAUGGGCAACUCACACCAAGUCAACAUCCUGGGUGACAUAUCCGUCAUGUCACGUGACCUUGACCAGGCAAGUAUGGAGGCUGUAGCUGCACUGUUAGCAGGACUGCCACUCCAACCAGAGGAGAGUGACCGUGGGGACCUGAUGGAGGCUAAGUCACAGCUCUUCCUCAAGUACUUGACUUUAUUCAUGAACUUGCUGAACGAUUGCUCUGAGGAAGAACAAGAUAAAGCUCUGGAUCCUAACAGGAAGCGCAGCAUUUCCAACCUGAGCGCGCUGCGCAACUGCACAGUGCAGGCCAUGUCUAAUCUGCUCAACGCCAACAUUGACAGUGGCCUCAUGCACUCUAUAGCCCUGGGCUACCAUAAGGACCCUCAGACUCGAGCUGCUUUCAUGGAGGUUCUGACCAAAAUUCUCCAGCAGGGGACAGAGUUUCACGAUCUUGCGGAGACGGCACUGGCUGACCGCUUUGAGAGACUCGUUGAGUUAGUGACCAUGAUUGGGGACAAAGGGGAGCUCCCUAUAGCCAUGGCAUUGGCCAGUGUUGUUUCCUUCAACCAAAUGGAUGAGCUGGCACGUGUGUUUGUCACACUGUUUGAUGGGAAACAUCUUCUCUAUCAGCUGCUGUGGAAUAUGUUCUCAAAGGAGGUGGAGAUUGCCGACUGUAUGCAGACACUGUUUCGCGGGAACAGCCUGGCCAGUAAGAUCAUGGCCUACUGUUUCAGGUUCUAUGGGCAGGGCUACCUGAGGGAACUUCUUCAUCCGUUAAUCAUGGAAAUGUUCCUACAGGACCAGGCCCCUGAUCGCAAAGUCUCCUAUGAAGUGGAUCCUGCAAGGAUUGAGAGCGGGGAGAGCAUAGAGCGGAACAAGCGGAACCUGAUGGUGAUCACCCAAAAGGUGUUUGAUGACAUCGUUAACUCGGCUCAAAGGUUUCCACCCAAGCUGCGCAGUAUGUGUCACUGUCUUUACCAGGUGGUAACACAGCGUUUCCAGAGCAGCCUGGACACCGUUUGGACUGUCAUUGGCACGGUUAUCUUUUUGCGUUUCAUCAAUCCAGCUCUAGUGUCUCCGUACGAAUCUGGGAUUAUCGAGGAAGAACCAACGCCACGGAUAAAGCGGGGUCUGAUGUUGAUGUGUAAAAUCAUGCAGAACAUCUCUAAUCACUUACUCUUCCACAAGGAACAGCACAUGAGGGCUUUCAACGAUUUCCUCAAAACCAACUUUGAAUCUGGACGAAAGUUUUUCAUGGAGAUUGUGUCAGACUGUGAGACUGUAGAUGCGGGCAAUCACAGUCUGUCCUUUAUCAAUGAUGCUAAUGUCCUUGCCCUCCAUCGUCUACUAUGGAACAACCAGGAGAAAAUAGGCGACUAUCUCUCCAGUAGCAGAGAUCAUAAAGCAGUUGGCAGACGGCCCUUUGACAAGAUGGCGACACUUCUGGCAUACCUAGGCCCACCAGAGCACAGGCCUCUGGACUCCCAGUGGAGCAGCAUGGACAUGACAAGCACUAAGUUUGAGGAGAUCAUGUCACGUCACAACAUGCACGAGAAAGAUGAGUUCAAAUCUCUGAAGAACCUUCACAUAUUUUAUCAGGCAGGGACCAGCAAAUCUGGAAACCCUGUGUUCUAUUACAUCGCCAGAAGAUACAAAGUAGGGGAGAUUAACGGAGACCUGCUCAUCUACCAUGUGUUGCUGACCCUCAAGCCUUUCUACCACAAGCCCUUUGAGCUGGUCAUAGACUUCACCCAUACCUGCUCAGAUAACAGAUUCAGGACGGACUUCCUGUCCAAAUGGUUUGUUGUGAUGCCGGAGAAUGUUUAUCAGAACAUUAUGGCUGCUUACAUCUACAACUGUAACUCCUGGGUGAGGGAGUACACCAAAUAUCAUGACAGAAUCCUCACCCCACUUAAGAACAACAGAAAGCUACUGUUUAUUGAUCACCCCGUGAAGCUGUCCGAGUAUAUCGACACAGAUCAGCAAAAGCUGCCUGGAGCCACAGUGUCGCUGGAGGAAGAUUUGAAGGUGUUCAACAACGCGCUCAAACUUUCCCACAAGGACACCAAGGUCGCCAUUAAAGUGGGUCCGAGUGCCAUCCAGGUGACCUCAUCAGAGAAGAGUAAAGUACUGGGUCAUCAGGUCUUACUCAACGAUGUGUACUAUGCCUCUGAAAUUGAAGAGGUUUGUUUGGUCGAUGAUAACCAGUUUACGAUGACGAUAGCCAAUGAGAGUGGACCUCUCUCCCUGAUCCACAAUGACUGUGAUAGUAUUGUACAAGCCAUUAUUCAUAUCCCCAGAUGGGAGCUUUCACAACCAGACACUGUAACCGUACACACUAAAAUCCGACCCAAAGACGUUCCAGGCACUCUCCUCAAUGUGGCGUUACUGAACCUGGGUAGUUCUGACCCUAGUCUGAGGUCAGCAGCCUACAACCUGCUGUGUGCCCUCACCCAGACCUUUGACCUCAAGAUAGAAGGUCAGCUCCUGGAGACAACAGGCCUGUGUAUCCCUGCAAACAACACAAUCUUCAUCAAGUCUAUAGGUGAGAAACUGGCCGCUAACGAGCCUCACCUGACGCUGGAAUUUCUGGAGGAGUGUAUACAGGGUUUUGGUAACUCAAACAUUGAGAUGAAGCAUCUGUGUCUGGAGUACAUGACACCAUGGCUGCCGAAUCUCACCCGAUUUUGUAAACAGUCUGAUGAAUUCAAGAAACAAAAAGUGGCGCUUAUUUUGGAGAAACUCAUCACAAUGACGAUAGAAGAAGUGGAGAUGUAUCCGUCGAUACAGGCAAAGAUUUGGGGAAACAUUGGACAGGUGGCAGACUUGCUGGACGUUGUCCUGGAUAGCUUUAUCAAGCGAAGUGUUACAGGAGGCUUAGGGUCCAUCCAGGCAGAAAUCAUGGCUGACACAGCAGUAGCCUUGACCUCUGCUAAUGUCCAGCUUGUGUCACGAAAGGUCAUUGGCAGACUAUGUCGGCUGAUCGAGAGGACGUGCAUGUCUCCAACAUCAACACUGGAGCAGCAUCUGAUGUGGGAUGACAUAGCCAUUCUGGCCAGAUACCUGCUCAUGCUCUCCUUCAACAACUCUUUAGACGUGGCAAGUCACCUUCCGUUCCUGUUCCACAUCGUGACCCUGCUAGUCUAUACAGGACCCCUCUCCCUUAGGGCCUCCACCCAUGGGCUUGUCAUCAACAUCAUCCACUCCCUGUGUACCUGUAGUCAGCUACAUAUCGCAGAGCCAACCCUGAAGGUGCUUAAGAUGAGUCUAACAGAGUUCUCCCUACCCAAGUUUUACCAGUUGUUUGGUAUCAGUAAGGUGAAAUCUGCCGCCGUCAGUGCAUUCCGUACCAGUUAUCGUCCGGGAGACCGCUCCUUCACGAUGUCACCCCUGGAGCACGAUAAAAUGUCGCUCUGCUCCUUGGAGGUCAUAACUGAUGCUCUAUUAGAAAUCAUGGAGGCAUGCAUGAGAGAUAUUCCCAAGUGUGAAUGGCUUCAGCAAUGGACGGAUUUGGCAAGAAGAUUUGCAUUCCAGUACAACCCUGCCCUGCAGCCCCGGGCGAUUAUUGUGUUUGGUUGUAUCAGUAAGACUGUGUCUGAUUCUGAAAUCAAACAGUUGCUUAGGAUAAUGAUGAAGCCAUUGGAGUCGUGUAGUGAUAUUACACUUUUGGAAUCCAUUGUGAUGUGUCUGACCCGGUUACAACCUCUCCUCCACCCUGAGUCUGACAUCCACAUGUUCCUGUUCUGGGUGGCUAUCUCCGUGCUACAGCUAGAUGAAGUGUCCCUCUACGCCGCAGGAAUGGCGCUUCUAGAACAGAAUCUCCACACACUGGAUGCCCAGGGGCUGUUUGAGAGAAGGACCCUGGAAGAGGUAAUGAUGGAGACCAGAGAGCCGCUGGAGUGGCAUUUUUAACAACUCGAUCAUUCCAUGGGGCUCAGCUUCAAAAACAACUUCAACUUUGCUCUGGUCGGACAUUUACUCAAAGGGUUCCGUCACCCGACCCCCACCAUGGUGUCCAGGACCAUUCGUGUACUGAAUCAGCUACUAACCAUCACAGUGAAGCCCACAAACAGGGACAAAUUUGAAGUCACUCCACAGACAGUUCCGUAUUUGGCAGCUUUGGUGUCCGUAUCGGAGGAGGUUAGAAGUCGGUGUCAUCUUAAACACAGGACGACCCAAUAUACGAUGACAGAAUCCGCCUCCAACGAGAGCAUUAGUGGGGAACUCUCCCAGCCAUCCAUGGGGGUGUUAGCCAAUUCCUGUAUAAACCAGGCCCCACCCCCGGGGAGCUCCCACCCUCCCCCGGGGCCUUGCACCCACACGGGGGUCCCAGGGUUCCACAGUGGCCCAUCUCAGCUCACGUCUUCAUCUUUCCCAGGGACAGGUAUAACAAUGAACUCUGUUCCAUCCCCUCAGGUGACGUGCCCCCACUCAUCCAGCGCCCCAGCUGGUCAGUCCUUGCCCCCUCAGACACAAACUGCUUCACCCAUACCCCCGCCCCAGCUGGGUGCAUCGCCCCCCUGCCCGCCGCUAGCCAUUGCCCGAAGGCAGAAGAGCUGGGACCUGCUGGACCAGAAUGCGGUGGCGGCUGCCAGGAUGCAGAAAAACACCCACAUGUCACAGUCACAGCAACAAAUCAACACAAAUUCCUGCAAUCCAAAGUCCUGGCGAAGUCUGGACCUCGAGCCAAAUUCCAAACCACCGUUGUUUAAAACGCGCAGCAGUUCAAUGCCCAUCCCGGGAUCUAAGAAGCUAAUGGAUUCUGGGAAGACAGUUUUGAGUGUGGUGCGUAGUGGGCGAGGCUCAGUGUCCAAUGAAAAUAAUGUAUUGCUUGACCCAGAAGUGCUGACAGAUUACCCGACGCAAGCAUUCGUCCUAACUGUUCUGGCUACCUUGGUGCGGAACACGACUGAUGAGAAUGAGGCCAGAAUCUUGUACGAAUACCUAGCUGAAGCUUCUGUGGUUUUCCCCAAAGUCUUUCCUGUGAUACACAGUCUAUUGGACGCCAAGAUCAACACCGUGCUGUCCCUAUGCCAUGAUCAGGUCAUCCUGAACGCUGUGCAGAGCAUCAUUCAGAAUAUGAUAGCUUGUGAGGACUCCUCCCAACAGACACUCUCCAGUCUUCAAGCCAUUGGAUUCGGAGGGUUGUGGAGAUUUGCUGGGACUUUCACAAAGUCAGCUCAUCACAGCGACACCGCAGAGCUGUUUGUGAACUGUCUAGAGGCGAUGGUAGAGACCUGUCUGCCCGGGGAUGACCUGGAUGUCCAGAACCCCUACCCCAGCUCCCUCGGCAUCGCCCCUAAUCUGAACCUCUCCAGCUCCAUGUCCAGCCUUAGUGUCACCAGUCUUCAUUCUCCCACGGACAAGGACAGCAUAGACGGGCUGUGCAACACGGGCAGGCUCAGACAUAGCACUGCAGCUCACUUGGCCAGCAAGAACCGACCAGGAAGUCUGAAGCGAAAGGACAGCAAAAAACUGUUUGACCCCAUGGACUGAGUAAACAGGGCUACAUGUGGUACUAACUUGUAGUUACGCAGUAAAUGAAAUCAGAUCAGCUUGCCUAUUUUUGCCAGAUUCUUAGAAGGUUGUUGAUCUUUAUUGAAAGGUGUUUUCAGGUUUUUUGUUUGGAAGGUAGGAUUAUAGCCUACUGGAAAAAUGUAAGUUGCCUAUUUUUUCCUGAUUCUUAGAAGGUUGUUGAUCUGUAUUGAAAGGUGUUUUCAGGUUUUUCUGUUCGGAAGAUAGGAUUAUAGCCUACUGGAAAAAUGUAAAUUUUAGCCCCGAAAGUUUUAUGACAUUUGUUUGCCACUAAAAAUGCAGUUUGUGGUGCCAGAUUUUAGGUCAUUUGUUGCCUGCCGACACUUUGGGAGAAGGAGAAAAUGUCAAUAUGCAGUUUUCGAGUUACGCCUUUACAACAACAGAAUGACGUCUCGGUGCAAAAAGACAUCGCCACUUUAUGGCACAUUAGGGCUGCUUGCCUAUCUUUUAACAUGGCAGUGAUGGUGUUUAGAUCAAAGUACUGGCAGAACAUCAUGUUUUGUGCAAUAUUGGGGAACGCUAAUUCACACAUGAACACAAUUCAGAAGAUCAGUGUAAUCCUUGUAAAAUGUGUAAAGUGACAACGUCAUAUCAUAAAGGGACAUCACUCUGUCGUCGUAACGUCAUGUCUCGAAACAUGCGUAUUACCUUGUGUGGCAAGUGGUAGGUUCGUUAUCGUUGUGCAGUCACUUAUUGCAUCUAGGCAAGGAAGAGAGGAGUAGACGUUUCGAGCAUGAAGACUUUAAGAAACUGUUUUUACAGACCAGUGUCUGUAGACAUGUGUUGUUCUGUUACAUGGUAUUUGUACAUACAUAGAUCAAAACUAGCAGAAGUACCCUUGUUUGAAUAUUGAGUUCAUGCCAUUGUUUUCAUGCCGUUGUUUUCAUGCCAUUGUUUUCAAUCAGUGUCGUUUUUUGACUGAUCAAUGUCAUUCCCAAUAGAAACUGAUAAGAAGAAAACUCAAACUGAAUGCAUGCGGGAAAAAUGUCACAUGACGUUCAGUGGAAAACAAGGCAUGAUUUUAAUUCCAAAAGGAGGGCGUGAAAGUGAUUUUGUAUGAAUUAUGUGACACUAUGGACUUUCAGUUUCACUUUCUGUUCCGACUGCUUCCUUUAAUUAUGUGGAUUCAUGUGACCCUCAGAAUUUGCCAGAAGUUCAUGAAAUGGAGUGAGUAAAUGAUAAAUACCCAAUGCCACGUUCUUUCAUUGCUAUAGUAUAUGUGUAUGCAUGUUUUCUGUUAAACAUACAAACCAAGAUAUUGUAUAUGUAUAGUGAGAUCUUCAUGUCUUUGGUUUCCAUUAUUCCAGCCAGAACUCACCAAAGAAAGCUCAAUAGUGAAAGUCUCCUUCACAGCCCAAAACAUGUUGAAAGGAAGUUCAUCCAUACAUCAAGGGCAAAAUUUGCUUGCUCCUAGCAAACAUUUUUUUUUCUUUUUGUUUUUAUUGAACAUGGAAAUUCACACCAGUCAUUGGCUUCAGAUGGUUGUAAGAAAUGCUGAUGCUGUGAUUUCUCUUAGCAACAAAAGCAUUGAAUGUGGAGAAGUUUUUUUUGCUGAUGUUUAUUUUGCGUUCUCCUUUAGCACUAUGUGAAGAUGUCUGGGAUUGAGCUUUGAAGUGUUCAAAAUUGUAUGAGGUUGCUUUUUCUUUUUGUUCAUCUCUUCACUAAGAAAACAUUCUGAUUUCAUGGAAAGACUUUUAUACAUCUACGUUAUAUAAGUAAAAGUAAAAUUUAAUUUUAGAAACAGAGAGGAGAUGCAGAAAAUUUUGGUAACACGACAUAAUUUUAAGGUCUUGAUAGAUUUUAUCAAAGAAGAUCUUCUUGUGCUGACUGCAAGCUUCCAAACCUGGAAAAUGUCACUCUGCAAAUGGUGUAUGACGAAAAGUUUAGCUUUUUAUCACAUUUUGCUUCUGAUUGAGUCAGCCUUAUUAUACGGCCACUUGAGAGUUUUUUGUUAAGUUGAUUACUCUCAUAUGGGAAAAAUUAUGUGUUAGCGUCAAAAACAUUUAUUUAAAAGCCUUUAUGUGAACCAGAAUGUUAAUUUUUUACAACCCAAACUAUGGAUGAAAUACUGUAGUCUGUCAUCUGAACCAACCAAAAGGGGUUUUGGUGUAAACCAGAUAGGGAAUAGUAAAUUGAUUAGACUGACACUUUAUUUGGCAAACUAGGUGUCCGUUGAAGGUACAACACGAGGUUAGCACAAGUAGGUACAUUUAUGUACAGUAGGUUAAAGUUUUGCUUAUUAAAUCUGAAUGUUUAGGUACCUUAAAUGUACACAUGCACUGCUCAUGUACCGCUUAGGGAUGGUUUAAGCAUAUUUCUGUUGUUAGAAAUGUUUGACGAUUUACCCGAGCUUGAUCUCUUAAAAUUUUAAAAACCUCUUUUUUUUUUUUAAGCGUUCUAGGCAUAUUGAUUCAGUCCUAGUCUUUUUGAUUGGUUACAAUACUUAAAAUCACACAUGUAGUCUUGCUGUGUUUUGCUGUGUAUGGUUUUGUUUCUUUGUUAUACUGUAGCAUUUUUUGUAUCAGUAUUAUUUGCUUCACUUUUUCCUUCACCAGUCAGUCUUGAUAAAUCAUGAAAUUAUGAAAAUUGUGUAUGAAAUUACACAAUGUAAUUAUGAAAAGAGCAUAGUUUUGAUACAGCAUCGAUGUUUUUCAAGGAUGUGCUUUACAUCAUCCUUGAACUAUACAGAUACUAGUUGGGAAAAUCAUUCGUUGAGGGUCAUCAGGUGUUCAAUGAGAAUAUGAAAAUAGCUAGUAUGUACGUUUUCAAGAUUGUUUUUGUUUUGUUGUUUUUUUUACUGGGACUGUGUCCCUGAAACAAUUUUUUUACACGCAAAACAAGGUAACACAUAUCUGCACUAAGAGGAGAUACCUUGCAAAUACUUUCCUGAGCAAAAAUCAAAAUGCAUAUGUUACUUUAGCCGAGUCGGAGAUUUAAAAGAUUGAGUACCGUACUUAAUUAUGUGGUAUAGGUAGACUUGAUCAAAAUACUCCUAAUUGUCACAAAGUGUCGAUUUUUGUUUUGUGUUAGCUGUGUGGAACAGAGAUGAACUUGUCUGAUUGCUUGUGAUAUUCUUGAACUGUUAGGGUUAAAAAAAAUGUGUAUUGUGCUUAAUAAGGCUUCUGGAUUGUUAUCCAUGUGUGUAAAUUGGUCAGGCAGAAAGGGAUUUGAAAUAAGUUUGUCAUAAAAUGGGAAAUAGUACUGAGUUAUGGCCCUUGGCUGAGAUAGGCAUGGCGCCAUAUGGAUGUUGUGUAAGGGGGGAUAACUCAGCGGUAUAACUCAAAGGGCUAUAUGUCACUUACCUUCCUUCAAACAACAUCCAGAUGGCGCUAUGCCAAUCUCGGCCAAGGGCUAUAACUGAAAAUUUUUUCUUAUUAGAGGAAAAAUACAUGUGCACAAUGAAUGGACGUUGUUUGAUAUAUUUGAGUUCUAUGGAUGCAUGGUCUGACAUGGAAGGUUUUUGAUUUUGUCAUUUUACAAGAAGUAUGCUUUGGAUGUUAGCAUUUGGAGGAAUUAUUUGCCUUUCAUCUAUUGGUUCGAUAGAUGAAUGAUAUUAACUCUUCAUGGGUGAUAGAAUUCAGCCGAAAUCAUGGAUGAUGUUGUAGACUGUGCGUCAUCACUUUCUGUAUAAAAUGGAAUUGUCAUUUAUAACAAACAGCUUGAUCUUUAAAAAGAGGAAAUGACCUAAAAUGGUUGAUAAAAUAUAUUUGUGAUUGGCAGGGAUGAUUUGUUUAUUGAUAUCAUGGUAAACGCAUCAAAUGUUGAGACGUGACUAUUUCAGUUCACUUUCAGGAAUUUUUCUGUCAAAUUAAAUAUCUCAUUCUAGUACUACAGACCCUGCACAAUAUUAUUUGAAGCUGCAGUAGGAAGGACAGGCAACAUUACUUAAGACUGUGGUUAUGGAAGUGUUAAAAAAUAUCUUAAAAACACAUGGAACAGUAAAACCAUCAAAUGCCUUUAAAGUAAAAUUAAAAUGGUAAAAAAAAUUAUAACAGUUUUGCUGACUAUGGAAAAGCUUGUCAAAUAUUAUAGAAUUGUUAUGGGUGUGAAGUGUGUGUUGGGAAGUACAAGUUGAUGGAUGACUGGCAA